UUAGCGAUUUGUUUCAGAGGAGUUUCAGCCGUCAAGACUCAAGAGACGUCGACAAUUUUUGGGUGCACGCCACCGACCAGCUUCGCUCAUCGCUCAAAAGGAAAAUAAGAAAACCACCCACCUGCAGCCGCCGCCAUCUAAAAGAAAGGCUACAGCCGUCGCCGUGCCCCUAGCAUCACUGCCGACGCGUCGGCCUAACGCGCGUCGCCGCCAUCGCCGUUCCCAUUCUUCCUCGCGGAGUUCCUUCCACCCCGUCCGCACUCCGCAGUCGAAUUUGGGUUUUCAGUUGUUGAUCGAUAGAAGACUUGGGAAUGCAGAAAGAUGUGCUUGCGCACCAACAAGUUCUUAUUUCGAGCAGAAGAGAUCGGAUCUUUGUUCAAGCUCAUAUUGUGGGGUUGUCAUGACAGUGUGCUGCACACUGAGAGUGAGACUGUUCCUCAGCUCUGCGGUGUGAAGCACAGUAGAUCGAGGGGUUGUUACUUUGUAGAACACAAUCUUUGCGAAAACAACUAGCAUCUGGUCCAGUCAUUAGGUGGACACUCUAUAUGCUGUUAUAUAACUGGAGUGUUCAUUCGUUUUAAUCCAUUCACAUAUCUUGAUAUGAUGGAUGAGAGGAGGACUAUCUUGAUGGGCCGUUAUGAAAUCGGAAAACAGUUGGGACAAGGAACUUUUGCGAAGGUGUAUUAUGCACGAAAUCUUAGAACCGGCCAAGCUGUUGCCAUUAAGAUGAUCAACAAGGACAGGGUCACAAAGGUUGGGCUUAUGGAACAGAUAAAGAGGGAGAUUUCAAUAAUGAGAUUGGUGAAGCAUCCGAACGUCCUGCAGCUUUUUGAGGUUAUGGCUACCAAGAGCAGGAUUUAUUUUGUUUUAGAGUAUGCUAAAGGUGGUGAGCUUUUCAACAAAAUAGCAAAAGGGGGGAAGCUUAGUGAGGAUGCUGCAAGGAGGUAUUUCCACCAAUUGAUCAGCGCUGUUGACUAUUGCCACAGCCGGGGUGUUUAUCACCGUGACUUGAAGCCUGAAAACCUACUUCUGGAUGAGAACGAAAACCUUAAAGUCUCAGAUUUUGGUUUGAGUGCCCUGGCUGGGUCUAAGAGGCAGGAUGGUCUUCUCCACACUACAUGUGGAACUCCAGCUUAUGUUGCCCCUGAAGUGCUUAGCAGGAAAGGCUAUGAUGGUGCAAAAGCAGAUAUAUGGUCUAGUGGAGUAAUUCUAUUUGUGCUUGUGGCUGGUUACCUUCCUUUCCAUGAAGCGAAUCUGAUAGAGAUGUAUAGAAAGAUUUCCAAAGCGGACUUUAGAUGCCCUCGGUAUUUAUCAGCUGAGCUGAAGGAGCUUCUACAUAAAAUCCUUGAUCCAGAUCCCACUACUAGGAUUUCUAUCUCAAGGAUAAAGAGAAGUGCUUGGUACAAAGGACCAGUGGAUGUAAAUGCAAAGAAGCAUGAGCCUGAAUCAACACCCAAUACCUUUUCAGGUGAAACGGCAACCUCAGGUUUGACAGAAUGCAGCACUUCUGAGGGGAAUCAAGUGUCGUUAAGCCUCCCAAACCUUAAUGCAUUUGACAUAAUCUCUCUCUCAACAGGGUUUAAUCUCUCUGGAUUCUUUGAGGAUGAGUAUGGUCGCAGAGAAGAACGAUUUACCACUAGACAGCCUGUAACAACAGUACUUUCAAAGUUGAAGGAACUGGCUAAACGCUUGAAGCUAAAAGUUAAGAAGAAAGAAAAUGGAGUCUUGAAAUUGGCAGCUCCAAAGGAAGGAAGGAAGGGUUUUCUUGAGCUUGAUGCAGAGAUUUUUGAGGUAGCCCCUUCGUUUCUCUUAGUUGAAUUGAGAAAGAUCAAUGGAGACACUAUGGAGUAUCAAAAGCUGGUUAAAGAGGAAGUAAGGCCAGCGCUCAAAGAUAUUGUAUGGGUAUGGCAGGGGGAUCAGAACCAGUCAGCACUGCCAACACAGGAGCCACAUGAUCAGCUUAUACCACCAUUGCAACAACAAGAAAGACAGGAUCAGCUGCAUCCAUCUGUAGUGCAAUAAGAACAGCAGGACUUGCAGGAACCGCCAUUGCCAGCACAGAAUGGUUUUGAAACAGCCAGAUAUACCACAGUAGGAGCCGCUCCUACUGUAUUCAGUCAAAAAAAAACAGCCAGAUAUACAUGCUGCCGGGUAAAAGUACAUCAUUUGUAACCUUUCCCGUUAAUUUCAUAUGUUUUUGUCAACUAUUACUUAUAUAUGCCUUUCCCCCUCUUUUCUUUACAUGGUCCUAGUUCCUCCUGAACUGUAAAGCUUGCGUGCAUCGCACAAGUGAAUAUGUAGUUCAGUAAUUCAGUUUUGCAAACUAUAGGAAAAAUAAUUCUUGAUUAUGUUCCAGAAUGUUGGAAACAAAAUUACCAUUGACCAGCACUGUGAGUUAUGUAAGUUUCUAAUGACUGGCAUUUGGAAGGGUCCUAGUUUCUUUGGUUCCCUAUUCGCCUAAAUAAAUUAUCUUGGUACCUGGCAUGUUCAUGCUUUAGUUUUUGAGAAUGAUUCAUUCUCGAAAUUAAAAAUAGCUUUAGAUGCAGUUACUUGUUUGGAUAAGAGUACAGUUACUUGAAAUUAAAAAUAGCUUUAGAGACAGUUGAGGAGUUAUUUUGCUUGAAAUUCUGGAAUUUGGGUAAACUGGAUCUUUCGCGCUGGGUAAACUAACCUAUAUGUUAUAUCUUACAAAGGUAUGAGUACAGGAGCAUAUUACUAAUGCCUUGUACAGGUAAACCUGUCAUGAGUUAAUUCAGAGCAUAUUACUGUACUAAUUCUGCAAGAAAAUUUGGCUCCAUUUUCAUAUGAUAAAAAGCUAUGAUGAUUUGCUUUAGAGUAGCUACAAGUAUGCUUACCGCUUCAGGUUUGGUUUCAUUUCAUUUCUGCUUUAGGUUUGGAAUAUGCAUAAACAUGCGUAACACCAUUCUUUAGUCAUUCUCUGUUUUGUUGUCAUAUUAUCUUUAUAAAAAAAAUCUCAAAACUGUGACUGCAUGGUUGCUCAAGAUUGCAUGUUUCAGGAAUCAGUGUCCAUAUUUACGUAUGUGCUAAACUUAAAGCGAAUCUUUAGCUGUGUUCAAGUCUACUGAUUGAUCGGAAGAUUUUAAAACGACAUUCAUUACUGGAAGAGUAGUAUUCGUGUCGCUGACAGGUCUGAAGACUUCUUUCUUAGCUGGAACAUUUCUGAAAACUGAGACUUGAACCACUUCUAACAGGGUCUGUCGGUUCUGAAGCAUACUUUACCUUUGAUGUCAUCUAAAUUGUACUCCAGAAACACAACCCCAGCUGCCAUAGUUAUCUAUCAGGAUAGUAUGUACACUGGGUGCCCUCAGUCCCUCAUGGUCAAGUUGUUAUCUCUGAAUUGAAUGCUGAACUUAACAAGAUCGGUGAAGUGCCGCUAAUGAUACUGAUCAUAUGGGCAGGCUGAAUCAAUUAACCAUACCAUGCAUGUAACAACAAUGAGAUGACUGAAAAUCAAUUAAUGCUACCUACUUUUUGAUUAAUCAAGUUGAAAAGAUAAUUUUUUUUUUCAUUCCAGAACAUAUAUGAGAUGAUACGUAAAAGGGAAAACGAGUCAAUCCUUAUUAACAUAAUUCAUCUACAUUUAAUUUGAUUUACCAGUAGAGUGAUAAACUUUUUGUACUCCCUCCGAUCCAUAUUAGUUGUCGAAAUAUUACAUGUAUCUAGACGCUCUUUAGGCAUAGAUACAUCCAUAUUUGGGCAAAUUUGAGACAAUUAAUAUGGAUCGGAGGGAGUAGCUUCUUUUCUUGUGGCUGCUUAAGAAAUCAGUUCAGAACCAUAAAAGCCUAACUGGAGAUGACAAAAAAAAAUCCUCAUGGCGCUGCAUGUAUAUCAAAUAACAAAAAGUCCAAAGUUGGGUAAGGGUUAUGCUAGUCGCACAUCCUUAGAGCUUUGCCAUAAUUUGAUCAAGUGAAUUGAAAGGAUCCCCUGCAUUUUAAUGCUAGUCCGGAUUUUUUCUGUGCUUGCUGUGUCUUUCUUUGUUCAACGGGCUUCAGUUUCGAGCAGAGGGCAAAGUAGUUCAGCCGUUGUUGGGUUUACUGUUUCUUAGCUGUUCAGACUAACUAGCUGCAGAUUGUGUACCAGGGUCUUGUGUUGGCUCCAUUGGUAGUAACUACAGUGGAAUCAUUCAACAAACAGUUUGUUAUGGUAUGUAUGACUUCUUUGUGAACAAUCAAUAUAUAUAGCUUGCAUGGAUUCAACUGGGGUUUGUUUAAGACCUAGUCCCAUUAGGAUAGUGUUAGUUAGCAUAAGUCUGAUUGAUCUCUGGAUUGCAAAUGUGCAGACUUAUUUGUAUGGAAAUAGUGCAUUGAUCUUUGAAUUUUCUCUUUUGAAAUAUCUAUGUGCAUGUGGACUUGUGGCGCAGUGCCACUUAUGUGCACUUGCGGUGCCCGCGGCAGCCCAUGUAGUCUUUUGCGGCCAAAGCAGACAGACCCGCCUUACCCACUGGACAAGCCAUUGGCAUCUGAAGCAGCUCAUGGCCGUCGAAGGCAAAUCUGUGCCCGCGGCUGAAGAGUGAACUGUGUACACCCGGCUACAAACAAUAGCAGGUGGGGAUCUCAGCCGGGUAUUGAAGAGUCGCUAAUGGGGACAUGAGCACUUUCCUUUCCUCUUUUUCAGGGGAGGCAUGCACGGUUUCUUGGGUUGGACUGCUGGAGAGGGCUGCAAUUUUGGUGGUGGAAUCAUGUCCGGGGGAUUUGAUCAUAGUUCGUUAUAGAUGGCCCUGUAGAUUUUCAGACAGGUUUUGUUAAGUUUGAUUUUUGAUGAAAAACAUGCGGUCUUGUAUGAUUAUUUCUCCUCAUAGAUGCUCUUGAUCCUUGUACUCCCAUGCUGCUAAUCGAUGGUGUUGGCCGCUCCAUAGUGCCUAUGGCGAGCAAACUGCAAGAUGUGCAUUCGCUCCGUCGUGCCCAUGGCGAGCAAAAUGCAAAGAGUGCAUCAUAACACGGCUAGAAAUUUGAACUGUAUUCUCUGAGGUCUUCAAGAUUUCAACAGAGAACUGGCUGGAGGAUCACACCAUCGUGAGGUUGAUACAGUUGUGCCAGGUUGCAUUUUUUUUUUCUCGAACAGGUUGCUUUUUUUUAUAGUACAGUAUGUUAUUCGUUCCUUUGUUUAUGUUUGGGCCCUGCAUUGUCUUCUACUUUUGGUUCAAGGAAUGAACAAUUGAAAAAUGAGGUCUGGUUCAGCAUUUUUUAUGCAAAAGAGGUCUGGUUCAGUAGUGAUGAUAUGAGUUCCCAACAGGUGGUACACACAAGACAUUGACAGCUAUGGCUAUCUCUUUGUCUUGGAGCUCCCAACAUAGCACUUCAAAGCAACCUUUUGUGCCAUCACUAUGUUACCAGAAUAGGAGCAGGAAAGGAGAAAUCUGGAGUUAUCUAGGAGAAGAAUGGAGCUGCCAGGACAAACAGAUUGUAGAUGCAAAGGGGAAUGCACCUGCAAAGGUAUGACCUUUUCAAGGCCAUCUUCUGAUUCUGGUGCUACUAUAUAGCUGGGCAUAUCAGCUUGAUAAUCAUUUUGCUAUCCCAUUUUCAAGAUACUUGUUUGGUGGAAUGGUUCAGCUGGGAGAUUGUGCAACGGUCUUAGUCAAUGUCUACUGUUGUAUGAUGAUUAUUGUCAAACCGUGAUGGCUUUUGUAUGACUGUUGAGAGUACUUCAUGCUAAGUAUAUCACUUGAUGCUUGUUAUGGUUA